GGUACUGCAUGAUACCAUAAUGUUUAAAUCUGCUUUGUACAAUAUUCAUACCUCCACAAUCAUGGGAAAAUGUGGCCCAAGAGAUGCCAAAGGAAGUGAUGCAUCAGGUUCAAUAGCCUACAGUACAUGGACAAGAAGUUACUUUGCACUGCUGACCAUGUAAAAUUUACCAGAAGAGAUGUGAGAGGGAAAAAAUCCAAGCAGGAAGUCAAAACAAGAAACUUGGUUUUUGGGCUGGUUGGCUGCUUCAUCAGCUUCUGUGAUGCGUAUGGAUACCCGUCAUCUCAGCCUCAGGUCUUUCAAUUUGAGGGAAUUUGGUCCUGGAAAGUCGUUGAAAAGUCCUUGAAUUUGAUGUUUAAGAAGGUGUGGCAACUCGCUCAGACAAGGGCCUUUUUGUGCAAAGGGGAAAUCAUAGGACUCACAUGCUUUGGAGGAGAGAAAGUGAGUGAUCACAGCAAAGGACAGGGUUGUUCAGAGGAAGAGAACAAGACAGAGGAGCGGACUGAAGUCAUCUUGAGCAGGAUAAGGACGUUGGACAGCUGUGCACUAGAUUGGACCAGACUGGACAGGACUACCGAACCAUGGAGAACGGCAAAACAGAAACAGAAGACAAGACGGAGGGCGUGUCAGAAGAUAAAGAAGAAACUGUGGAGGAGGCUAACCUGGAGGUAGCUCAGCUGCAGGGCCUGGUGGCUGAGCUGCGCGAGGGGCUCCACGUUGCCCUGACGGAGCUGCGCGAGCUGCGUCAGAGGGACCUCGGCCUGGAGGAGAAGCUUCAGGCCCAUCAGACUGAUGUGGAUGAUAAGAUAAUGGGCCUCAAGAACUCGCUCAACACUUUCAAGGAGGAGCUGAGCGUGGCGUUGUUCCACAUCAAGGAUGUGUCCAACAGACAGAGAGAGGUUAUGAAGAGGAUAGAACUGCUGCAGUCGGAAAACACCAAGGAUAUCAUGUCUGUUCCGCACAGCAGAAAGAGCUCCAAGGCAGAUGUGCUCACGGCAUCAGGGGACGAACACAUCUGUGUGCCCAGCCAAUCGGAGCUCAGCGUUAUUCAGCACUACUUUUCCAGUCUGCCACAUAGCGGGUCACCGCAGAGGAGCACCACAUCGACACAGACCUCUACAUCUGAGCAGGAGGCUCAGCAGCAGCAGAGAGGUUGUCAAUCCAGAGAGAGGAAGAACAGCAGAGAUGACACCGACACCAACAGUCUGACUGAAAACAAUAAGAGACAGAGAGCAGCCCUGGAGCUGCUGGAGUCAGAGAGAGUUUACGUGUCCCACCUGUCUCUGUUACUGAAGGCCAACAUCUCCUUCAACGGAUCAGAAGCUCUCACCACCAAAGACAAACGUCCAUUUCCCAGCUCUCUGAGGUUUCUGAUCCAGCAGCACCUCGAGCUCCUUCACACUCUCCAGGAACGAGUGCUCAAGAGCCAGUGGCAAGGCCUCAUGGGAGAUGUAUUCAUGAGACUCACCAGCAAAGAGAGUGAUUUCCUGGACUUCUACGUGUCCUACCUGAAGGAGCUUCCAGACUGCCUGUCAGUCGUCACCAUGCUGGCCUCCAGCUCCAUGAAAUCUUCCACUUUAUUGGAGAGUGACAUAAUGGGUGACGAAUCCAAACCCUCCCUCCACACUCUGCUCCUCCAGCCGGUUCAGAGGAUCCCUGAGUACCUGCUGCUGUUACAGGGGCUGUUGAGGCAAACAGAUGCAGAGCACCCCGACUACUACCUGCUGCUGGUGUGCAUCCAACAGUUCAGGUCCUUCACGGCUCAGUACCACCACCUCCUCCAGCACAACCAGGAGCUGCUGCUGCACAACCGCAAGGAGGUGAAGAGGUCUACCAUGAAACAGCUGUUAAAGACAGUGGAAAGUGGGAUUCAAGCCAACAACAUUGGCUCACCGUACCCUUGCAGUAGUGUCAUGUUAGAACAUGCUAACCAGGUGAAACGUAGCAAGCAGCGUCUCCUGGAGCAAAUCCAGACUCAUCGCUUCCAGGAUUGGGAUCGGGACCAGGAUCCUGAAACUCACUGUUACGAGACAGAGUGGCCCUCCCAGCUCCCGUUCUUCAGCCCAGAACUGGACUCACGGAACCACAAACCAGCAGGUCUUGGCAGUAUCCCAGAGAGUGAGGCGUCUGACAGAUCCAUGUCCUGCCAGCAUCAUCUGCCCUCUAGACCUGCAGAUUUCCGUCAGGUCCAACCGGGCUCUGCUCUGGCUGAUGCCCUUGGAGAGUUCCUUCUCCCUCCAGACCCUCCAGGGAUGGAGAGCCUCUACGAAGAGGAUGGCGGCUCCCUUCAUGAUGUCUCCAUGUUUGACCGCUGCUCCUCUGCCUCUUCUGAUUCAUCCAUUGACAUUGCUUUUGUGAAGUGCCCCAAAGCCCCCUUGACAUCACACCACCCAAUGGCAGCAAAUGUGUCAACAAACCGCGACAUCUUUGGCAACGGUGGAAGUCAGGGGAACGGCUACAGCAAACUGCCCAACCGAGGGUGUGUGUCUCCUGAUGAGGCUGUAAUGAUGCGCCGCAAUCAGCAUCGCCCCCUUCAGGCCAGCCAGCGCAAAAGCAAGUCACUGAACGGCCUGCAGAUGGAAAACACAGUGAGUUGUGUGGAUGGUGGUCCUCUAUCAGACCACCUCCAAAGGGUGGCACUGGGCAGCCACGCUAAGCUGGAGCGCCAGGGCAGCAAGGGCAGCAAAGGGUGUCCCACCCCAUCCCGUAAGAUCCACAGUCCCCUGGGGAACAGAUUGGAUACUGACAAACAGAGCGAUGAUCUUCACGGGCUUCUCAGCAUGGACUCUGGGAUCCAAUCAUGGGGGGAUGAGUCAAAGUGGAGAGGCGGAACAGAGGAGAAUAACCACACCCCCUUCAGCGAGAGGAGUCGGAAGCAGGACAAAGGAGGCUUUAGGAGCUCGUUCAAGAAACUCUUCAAGAAGAAAAGCGGUGAUGAGAAGAAAGAGAAGGGAGGUGAGAAAACACCAGAAAACCAGAACAACGGUGACCACGACACGUCGGGGAAAAAUCCAAAACUGGUGCAUCUGGACAUAAACCGCGGCACUGCUGUAUAAACAACCGCUCUACCACACACACACACACACACACAGCCUUAGACAAAUUAAAUAUAAAUGUAAUACAUGCAUCUUUAAGCAUACAUAUACACCAAAGAAGUGCUACAUGAGAUUUUUUUUACAUUUACAACUGCUGUAUAAAUGCUGUACAGGUAUAAGCCAUUUUAUUCUAUAGCUAUAAAAGCAACUUUCCAAUGUUCCCAAAAAUAAAUAUGAUUUCUAUUUUAGAGACAAUCAGAUGUUCUGACCCCUAGCCUUCAUAUGGAGGGAAAGCACUUAACAUGGUUGUACUGCGGACACCAUUUAUGACAAAACGGUACUGAUCGUUAAAUAUUUGCUUAUGUUCGGUGUUGUUCUGUCUAUAUCUUAGUGAUACUAAAAGUAUCACCUGCCAACGCCAAAAAUUACAUGCGAGGUUAAGGCAGUGACGCUGCUUAGAUUAGAUUUGCGAAACGUUUCAUCAAUGACGAUGUGAAGAUUUUGUGGUACAGACGUAACUACUGGAGGGUGUAAGUUAACAUGUUCCCUCCCCAUAUUGUAAAUAGCUCCACUCUACCUCCAGUUUCUCAGAUUUUUAAAACACUUUAAACUUUUGCUGUUUUCUGUUCCCUUCAAAUCUGUGUAAAGUUAAUAAAGAGCCUCCCGUUGUUCAUUUUUAUGAGUUUCACUCCAGUCCAACUUUCUAUCAGCCUGCUUAAUGUUUUAAGACAUAAUCUGAAGCUAUUAUAUACUCAGGAGAACAAACAUUAAACUGUUAUAAUUUGCAUAUGUGUUUGAGCUAUCUGUUUAAAGAUAAAACAUUAAAUGUUUUCCUUUUUGACAAUUAUUUCUAUGCACUGAACUGAACUUUGUUUUGUUAUAAGAUGAAUGUGACAACUAAGAGAUGUUGAAGGAAGUUCAGUAAAGGUCCACACUGAUUUGUUUUGUGGCUCUGCUGGUUCAUUUUCCCUGAAUCACUGGGUUGUUUAAA